CACAAUUUCCGAAUGCUGUACUUACUUGACGAAAAUACCCUUCAUCUAUAGCCUCACACUCUAGAGCAUGCUAGGUUGGAACAGUAAUUUCGACUAAAGUUUCUGACUGUAAACUACACAGCUACAGCCCCAAACGCCGAUAUAUACAGUCGUUCAACAAUUUUAAGGCUAUAACGAAAACAAAAGAUCUCUGACGAACAAAAUGGGCAGGAAGUUCUUCGUCGGCGGUAACUGGAAAUGCAAUGGAACCACGGAAGAAGUGAAGAAGAUCGUUAAUGUAAUCAACGAAGGCCAAGUGCCAUCUCAAGAUGUCGUUGAGGUGGUGAUUAGCCCACCGUUUGUGUUUCUUCCACUGGUGAAGAGUUUGUUGAGGCCUGAUUUUCACGUUGCGGCUCAAAAUUGUUGGGUGAAGAAGGGAGGUGCCUUCACCGGUGAGGUUAGUGCGGAGAUGCUUGUCAAUUUGGAAAUUCCUUGGGUUAUUCUUGGCCAUUCUGAAAGGAGACUUAUCUUAAAUGAAUCAAACGAGUUUGUAGGAGAUAAAGUUAAGUAUGCACUUUCUCAAGGCAUUAAGGUGAUUGCUUGUGUUGGUGAGACUCUUGAGCAGCGUGAGGCAGGGACUACAAUGGAAAUUGUUGCUGCUCAAACUAAAGCAAUUGCAGAACGAGUCUCAGAUUGGUCAAACAUUGUUUUGGCCUAUGAACCUGUGUGGGCUAUUGGAACUGGAAAAGUUGCUACUCCAGCUCAAGCUCAGGAAGUUCACUUUGAACUGAGGAAAUGGCUCCAUGCAAACAUCAGUCCUGAGGUUGCUGCAACAACCCGGAUAAUAUAUGGAGGAUCUGUAAAUGGUUCAAACUGCAAGGAAUUGGCAGCUCAGCCCGAUGUUGAUGGAUUUUUGGUGGGUGGAGCUUCUCUGAAGCCGGAGUUCAUUGAGAUUAUCAAGUCUGCCGAGGUGAAGAAAAGUGCCUGAAGCUUGCUGAGUGUGGCAAGCUUUUAUUGCACUUGAAACGGUUUAUAAGACUCUGGUUUUCAGCAGAAGUUCCCGAGCUUGUUUCAGACAGCUUGGUGAGUGUAGCAAGCUUUUGUUCUAUUUGACAUGUUUCUUAGGACUCUGAUUUCAGGCAUAGCUGCUUGCAUAGUAUAAAGCAAGCUUAUGCUUUAGGUGACAUGAUUCCUGAGCCUCCGAUUUCAGACAUACUUUUUCGAUGCAAUAAUUCUAUACUUUUUGUAUUUCCAUAAGCCAGAUUGAACUGGAUUUUAUUUGUCAAUUAAUCAUUCUAUUUCCCUCA